GCGCCAGGGACCCUGAUCUCCAGACUGAUGGCACUGCUCCGCUGCCUACUCCUGGCUUUCCUUUGGAUGUGCAUGACCGGGAGGCCGAGUGUGGGACUAAAUGUCUCUCAGCCUAGAUGUCUGGGAGUUUCAAACAUGAACGAAUUUGCUCUGGAAUGUGAGCACAGUUCCGACGAUGUUGCUGAACUAGCGUUAACAAUUCUUAAAGGCUUGAACAAAUCUGAAGUUUGCCGUGGUGUAAUAUCUUCAACCGAACUAUAUAUAACCUCCUAUGGGCAACUUAAUUGUCAGUUUCAACGAAUACCAAAUAAAAUCUCCGUCAUCAUAUCUGGACUGCACUCUUCGAUGAUUGAUAUUUAUUUCUGCAAGAUUGAGUUGUUAUACCCGCCACCUUUUGAAUCCAGUGAGGGAAGUGGGACCUUCAUCUAUCCGAGUUCAAAGGACAUGAAAUGCCCUCGGUUUUCAUUCUUGCUGAUCAUGGGAAUUCUAAUCCCAGUGCUUACAUUGUGCAUGAUCAACAUAUUUUUUCUGACUACUAAAGUAAGUAACAAAGCAAACUUUACUGUGAUCACUGGCAUAAGCAGAGAUGAACUGAGACAGGACUUUUACCAGGAACCAACACCGUACAGCUUCAAACGUGAGAACAGAAAAUCAAGAGAUACUUAUCAGUUCAAGCAGCAACUGCAAAUAGAGAAACAGAAUAUCAAUGCUCAGUAUUGUCUGAUUCUCAGUGGAGCAAAUUGUACAUUGCUUCAAUUCCAUGCUGUCUAUCAACUGUGGUAGAGGAUACCCAGCGUCAGCCUCUGCAACUCUUCACCAGUGUGCUGUUCCAGCAUUAAUCUCUGGAACUCUUCACCAUGUUCUCACCCAGUGUUGAACACUACACCCCUGGCCUCCUUUCCUGGGAUGGAUUUGUGAACCCACGAUCAACAUGAUUUCAAGAGAGAGAUUUAGCUCUUAAGGUUUCAAGAGAGAGUUAGAUUUAGCUCUUAGGGCUAAGGGCUAAAGGAAUCAAGGGAUAUGGGAAAAAAGAAGCAACAGGGUACUGAUUUUAGAUGAUUAGCUAUGAUCAUAUUGAAUGGCAGUGCUGGCUCGAAGGGCCGAAUGACCUUGUUUCUAUGAACAUGUUUCUAUGUUUCUAACCAUUCCUGGAUUAUUUUUAUUUGGUUAAAACAUGACUUUCUACGUUAACAGUGUCAGAAGGUUUGAUUAUUGUUAGCAGGGGGUUUAAUUAUUUGUGAAAAUAGUAGUCUGGAGUUGGCCUGUUUCCAGCCCUAUGAGAGUCUACAAUUGCAUCCUUCCUAUUAGAAUUCCAAUUCCAACCUUAUCCAUCCCCAUUUGACAGAUAUUGGGCACUGCCACCAAUUUAGACCGGAGCAUGCCAAAUGUGUACAUGCUGGAAAUUUUAAAGUCUUUUGCCUGUAAUUGCCUACAGCUGUUAUUCCCCACUUCCCUGCGUUUUUUAUCCCUGUGAUGCUUUGGUUAGGAACCAAUCUCCUGUGUAAUUAUUUCUCCAUCCACUGAAG